UUCUGUCGCUUCUUCCGGGUAGAUAAGCACUGUCAGGUGUGUGUCACUGGUCGCUGUGCUCUCACUCUACUUACCCGCUGUCAUCAUGGCGAGUGUUCAGACAUCAUCCAACAGACCUUACCAUCUGGUGAUUUUUGGAGCCUCCGGGUUCACGGGACAGUUUGUGGUGGAAGAAGUUGCCCGGACGGCGUCUGAGGGUCCAAAAGGGAACCUCAAGUGGGCUGUGGCUGGUAGGAGCAGGCAGAAGUUGGAGCAAGUUCUGGAGCAGGCGGCCUCUGUCCUUGAAAAGCCCGAGCUGAGGACCCAAGUGGACAUCAUUGUUGCAGAUGUGGAUGAACCCGACUCUCUUACGGCCAUGUGCAAGCAGGCUGUCAUUGUUCUCAACUGUGUGGGGCCUUACAGGUUCUUUGGUGAGCCAGUGGUUAAGGCUUGUGUGGAGAAUGGAGCACACCACCUUGACAUUUCCGGAGAACCUCAGUUUCUCGAAGGCAUGCAGCUGAACUAUCAUGACAUGGCAGCCGAAAAGGGCGUGUACAUCGUCGGAAGCUGUGGAUUUGACUCCAUCCCUGCUGACAUGGGGGUCCUGUAUACUAGGGAGCAGUUCAAGGGUACUCUAACUGCAUUGGAGAGCUUCCUGACUGUCAAUACUGGCCCUGAAGGAGGAGUCAUCCACGAUGGCACGUGGCAGUCUGCCAUCUACGGCUUUGCAGACAGCGACAAGCUUCAGAGUCUUCGCCGGAAGUUUAACUACAAACCGUUGCCUUCUUUAGGCACCAAGCUGCAACGCAGGGGUGCAUUGUUCUACAGUAAUGAGGUCCAGCAGUACACGGUGCCCUUCAUGGGUUCUGAUCCGUCAGUCGUCAAGAGAACCCAGCGGUUCCUGGUGGAGGAAUAUCAGGACACUCCGGUCCAGUAUGGAGCCUAUGCAGGCAUUGGUGGCAUUGGCAGUGUCAUCAAAUUGAUGUUUGCUGGCAUGAUGUUCUGGUUGUUGGUCAAGUUCACUUUUGGACGGAACCUCCUCGUCAAGCAUCCAGAGUUCUUUUCCUUCGGACUCUUUUCCAAGGCUGGACCAACUCGGAAGCAGAUGGAAUCAUCCUCGUUUCGCUUUGCUUUCUACGGAGAAGGUUACACAGAAGGACUGGACCCCACCCAGGGAAAACCUAAUGGCAAGAUUUGCACGCUGGUUCAAGGACCAGAAUGUGGCUACGUGGCCACGCCCAUUGCUUUAGUGCAGGCAGCUCUGACAAUCCUCAACGAACCUAAAGCCUUGCCCAAGAGUGGAGGAGUGUAUACUCCAGGAGCUGUGUUUGCGAAAACCACCCUGAUCAAGCGUCUCGACAAACACGGCAUCCAGUUCUCUGUCAUCUAGUAAGGCUCCCUGUACGAUUAUGUGCUCCAGGAUUUACUUGAAGCAUUUGGAAGCAGCUGCAGAAUAACAACUCGAUGUUUCCAAUCUAGAAAAGCUCAUUCAACAUUGACAGAUUACGUUCCAACAACACUUUUGUAACUAUUCUUUUUGCACCCUUUUUUGUCCUGCAGAAUGCAGCAUUACUCAUAACUCACUGCCUGCAAAGUCAUUUAGCACCGUCAAGUACUACCAGAGUACAAAGAUACAAUCCAGAUUUUGUUCUCAUACAAUCAAAAUUUUUUUGCAAUCCACAACAGAUUUUGCAGCACUAAGAUAAUUUGUGCUGUAGAGCAUAGCAGCUUUGUGUUUAUUUGCUUGUGUUAAAGGCAUCUUCAACUUGUUUUUGUGGAUAAUGCUUUGAAUUCCACCAUAGUCAUCUUGUCCAAAUAUGUACUUGUUAGAUUGAGCAUUAAGAUUGUGCUCAAAAUGAAAUAUUCCAAUAAUACUCUGCAUAAAUUGCUUUUGUGGUCUGGAAUGAUCUCAACUAGGAUGUUGAGCUUACUCCAGGCUUGUUUUGCAUCCAAGUGCGAGUGAGGUGUGCAGAUAACAGGUCUUGCGGAUUUGCCUUUUUUUGUGAUGAAUUUUGCUGUUUUGGAUCUCUUGAAUAAAGUCAGCUCUUCAAACAGA